UAACAGCUGUCUCGUCUCAAAAAUCUGCAAGAACGAAGCAGCGUGUUUUAGAAUUGGGAGAUUUCGAAGCGCUAUGUCUUUCUGCAUAAUUCCCAACUAAUUUGCUGAAAGAUAGAUCUUUCUUUUAAGUUAAAAUUUUUUAAUGGAAUUGUAGAUGGUGAGUCGAAUUAUGAGGUCAAGGAGACAAGUUCCUCGGCAGCCAGAACAACCACGGGCUAGAUGGACAAAUGGUGUCACGAAGGUAUUUUUGGACAUGAUGGUUGAUCAGGUUCAAAGAGGGAAUAGAAUUAGCAAUUCUUUUAGCAAAAAAGCAUGGAAGCAUAUGAGUGCUGAAUUCUACCGGAAAACAAGUUUGAGAUGGGACUUGGAGCAGUUGAAGAACAAAUAUGCAGCCUUGAGGAGGCAAUAUGCUCUUGCAAGCUCACUUGAACGAAGUGAAUUCAGUUUGGAUGAAUCUACAGGGAUGAUUAGUGCCAAUGAUGAAGCAUGGGCUGCAUACAUAAAGGAACGCCCUGAUGCUGAGACUAUAAGAAGCAGUGGCUGCCCUAUGUACGAACAACUUUGCAUGAUAUUCUCUGAACCAAUGACCAAUGGGAAGCAUAGACAAGAGGGAGGGAUUCCUUCAGCUUGCAGUAAGGUUCCUUUGAACACUAUGGAAGAGGAUUCAUCCUCUUCAGAAUCUGAUGAAGCAGAUGAUGUAGCAGAUGAUCAAGACACAUAUCAACAGCCUACCUAUGGUACUUCUGCUACAAGUGCUAAUCGUAAAAGAGGUCGCAAGGGCAUUGAAGAUGCUAUUGCUGCGGGCUUAUUUCAGAUGGCAGCUGCAUCCAAGCUGAGAACACGUGCUGUAAGGCAAAUUAAUGCGAGAUACUGUAUAGCUGACUGUAUUGAGCAACUAGAUGAGAUUCAACGAGUUGAGGAAGAAGUCUACUUUGCUGCUCUGGAUCUAUUCAAGAAACCUAGUGCAAGGGAGAUCUUCUUGUCUCUCAAAGUCGAGAAGCGCUUAAUUUGGUUGCGUAGCAAGUGCACUGAUAAUCCAGUAUUGUAGGUAGAAAGCUAUUUAUUUUGUCAGUUGUAUACAUUUGAAGUCUUGUAUAUAACUAGCUAGUUCUCGUUUAUGUCAUCUUUGCCAACUCAAACCGUGGGCAUUUUGAAA